AUGUAUCUGACAGGCGUUACCGAUUUCUGGAGUCCGAACUUGAACACCAUUGCUACAAUUGACAGAGAAAAACCCCAUGACAUUAUUGAUAUGACUUUGAUUGAAAGAGAAGAUUCAGACAUGAAAGCUGAUGACAUGUACAGCAAUGCACAUAUAAUACAAUCACUGAUAGAUUUACUUUCUGCAGGUGUUGAAACUAUCAUAUCGGCAUCUAAAUGGUGGUUAAUAGAAUUGAUUCACCACCCAGAUAUCCAAACAAAAAUCCAUCAAGAACUGGACGAAGUUAUUCCUGCAAACACCAUAAUUAUGUCAAACCAUUGGGCAAUUGAUCAUGAUGAGAAGGUCUUUGAAAAUCCAUAUAGUUUUAAUCCUUAA